AUGCUACACGUGGCAGCGCGUUUUGGUCACUCUGAGCUUGUCACACUUCUUCUUCAACGGGGAGCCCUCAAGGACUUGGAGACAAGGUGCAAGUGCCAGAAAUCUCAGGCUCCAGAGUGGGAUCCAGGCUACACCCCUUUAGAGUAUACAUGCUACGGCCCUAGUGAGGCAUGCGACUCAGGGUCAAAGCAGCAAUCCGUUCCCAUCGAGAGCGUUCUCAGAGUCAUCGAGACCUUGGUCGAUGCUGGUGCUGAAAGAAGCCGAGCUGCUUUCAAGAAUGCUGUCCUCAGUGGCUUUGGGGUCGAAGUACUCCGCCCCCUGUCUGACAAGGGCGCCGUUGACAUAUGCGUCCCAGAAGAAUACGACAAGGGCCCGGAAGAAUUCCACUGGGAGGGCCGUGAAUAUGGCAGCAAGGAAUGUAUUGCGGACGAGAGGGCCACGUUUCUCCACAUGGCCUCAGUUGAGUCAAAUGCGGCUACAGUACGGGGCCUAUUGGAGCUGGGGGCAGAUAUUCACGCGUGUGACACUCUUGGUCGACAGCCCUUGCAUUGGGCGGUAUCGCGUUUCCAACGGUACUGGCCACUCUUUGGGCCAGACGACGUGUCAGCGAAAUUAGAGGUGCUGCAGGAGAUGUCAGCAAAGGUAGAGGUGCUCCUACAGAGCGGAGCGAACCCCGGACGACAGGACAGGUUCAGACGAACACCGCUACAUUAUGCGGCUCUACAAAUGCAUACCCGCCUCUUUGAACCCUUGCUGCGGCAUGGAGGUAGCCUCACAGUGACUGACGAGGAUGGUCGAUCACCCUUACAUCUCCUGGCUGAUGGGCAAUCAUACUUGAUUGACAAUGGACGAGCUGAUUGGUUUGACUCAGCUGAGGAGCUUGACGUCAGUGGGCGGGAGUUUGCGACUGUACUCAAGCCUUAUAGUACAGACAUCGACCAGAAAGACGCGUUGGGCAAUACCGCGUUACACCUCGCUGCCGGCCGUGCUUAUGCUUCCGUCCUAGAGCUACUGCUGGCCUUGGGCGCAGAUCCAAACAUAGCAAAUCCGCAGGGGCAGACAGCUCUCCAUCUCGCAUGCGAUCAGCAGUCACGGACUUGGUACGACAUCAUUGGUCCGGCCGGUGGACCGGAACCAUGGGAGAACGAGACCGACAGGCGACACAAGCGGAUGAGGACUCUUCUUAUCGAUGCCGGGGUAGACCAGAGCAUCAGAGAUGCCCAGGGACGGACGGCGGCCGAGAUCGAGAGGGAAGAAGCCUCGAGGAUCAGUCAAAUGAGACAGAAAUGUGUGGAUGAUUUCCCGGAACGGAAGAAAGGGUGGUCUUGGGAGACCCUGGCCGAGGAGUACGAGAGCCGCCAUCAGAGUCCGAGUGACUGGAUCAUGUAUAGGUGA